AGAACUUUCCACUUUCCUGCAACUGCCAAGGUACGAAGUUUAGGCCCCGCAAUCAGGGUUUCCCCGAAGUUUUGCCCCCACUCAAAUUUUUUUCCCUACCUCUUUAUGUCAACCUCGAUCUUGGGCUUUUCCUCCCACCUUCGAUUUUUUUUUCCAAUCGUAACAGAUUAAUCAACACAACACAGAUUAACUACCACUGUCGGAUUGUUUUUGCUCUCUUAUUUUUGAGAGCAUUCAGUCCAUUCAUUUCACGCAUUUAUUUUCUACGCAGGACGACUUGCCUUGUUGCAAAGUUCGUGCACGUAUUUUCUUCAUAACCCCACCAAAGAUCGCCGCCGCAAGUCCUUUUGAAUUCUAAGCUGUGCUUGGAAUUCGAGAGGUCGCAUCGAUCAACUACUUGCAAUCAUGGCUACCGACAAGGGGCUCGAGGAUAUCGAGCAAUCCCAGAUCGAGUCUAACUAUGACGAAACCGUUGACUCCUUCGAUGAGAUGAACCUGCGACCUGAGCUGUUGCGAGGUGUCUACGCUUAUGGCUUCGAGCGGCCUUCUGCUAUCCAGCAGCGCGCUAUCAUGCCUGUCAUCAAGGGUCACGAUGUAAUUGCGCAGGCCCAGUCCGGAACUGGCAAGACCGCCACCUUCUCCAUCUCCGUUCUUCAGAAGAUCGAUCCCACCGUUAAGCAGUGCCAGGCACUGAUCCUUGCCCCGACCCGUGAGCUGGCUCAACAGAUUCAGAAGGUCGUCGUCGCCAUCGGCGAUUUCAUGAGCAUUGAGUGCCAUGCCUGCAUUGGUGGAACCAGCGUUCGUGAGGACAUGAAGGCACUUCAAGAUGGUCCUCAAGUCGUUGUCGGAACUCCUGGUCGUGUCCAUGACAUGAUCCAGCGACGUUUCUUGAAGACUGACGGCAUGAAAAUGUUCGUCCUAGAUGAGGCUGAUGAGAUGCUUUCUCGUGGUUUCACGGAGCAGAUCUACGACAUCUUCCAGCUCCUACCCCAGUCUACACAGGUCGUUCUUCUCUCUGCCACUAUGCCCCAGGACGUUCUUGAGGUCACGACUAAGUUUAUGCGUGACCCGGUCCGCAUUUUGGUCAAGAAAGACGAGCUUACCCUUGAGGGUAUCAAACAAUUCUACAUCGCCGUCGAGAAGGAGGAAUGGAAACUUGACACUCUCUCUGAUCUGUACGAGACGGUUACCAUCACCCAGGCCGUCAUCUUCUGCAACACUCGCCGAAAGGUCGACUGGCUCACUGACAAGCUCACCGCCCGUGACUUUACCGUGUCCGCUAUGCACGGCGAAAUGGACCAGGCUCAGCGUGACUUGAUCAUGAAGGAGUUCCGUUCCGGAUCUUCUCGUGUCCUGAUUGCUACAGAUCUCUUGGCCCGUGGUAUCGACGUCCAGCAGGUGUCCCUUGUCAUCAACUACGACCUCCCUGCCAACCGUGAGAACUACAUUCACCGUAUCGGUCGUGGUGGUCGUUUCGGCCGAAAGGGUGUUGCCAUCAACUUCGUCACUGCCGAGGAUGUCCGCAUGAUGCGCGAGAUCGAGCAGUUCUACAGCACUCAGAUCGAGGAGAUGCCUAUGAACGUUGCCGACCUCAUCUAAGCAUCGACGGAUCCUCUUACUAGUAGUGGUCUAUUACAUCGCUCGGAUUAGAUGGUCUGUGUUUUGACGCUGACUAUGACGUUCCGAGGAAUGAACCGACGAGGGUUUGAUGUUCUCGUCUAGCAUGAUUUCAUUUUACGCGUCUCACUGAUGAGCCGUGGUCUAUCAAGGGGGGUAAAAGAUCCAUUGCAUCUGGGCAUUUGCGGCUAGGUAGCACCUAAUUCGGUAAUGCAUGUGGCCUGAUGAUAGGGAUCGUGGACCAGGUUAUCACUUCUUUCCGUGCUACUCUGUACCUAGGUCGCCAGUACUUUCCUAAAUAAAUGCUUUUUAAGUUA